CUAAGCCUGUUCAUGUCAUUAGUAGACUAGCUAGCUAAGAUAGGUGAUCUAUGGUGGCGAUCCUAAGAAAUUUUCAGUAUUAAUUCUUGCUUGAACUCUUAUUUAUUAUAGUGGUACUAAGUGUUUUUAUUUAUUAUAGCUAGCUUAUUAAGUAUAUUAUAAUUAAGGAAUCCAGAAUGGUGUCUCACAUUCUUUGCAGCAGCACUAAAGGCCUCUCUGUGGUUUAUAUCUGGCUUUAAAGUUGGGGGUGGGUGUCUGUUGUGGGGUUUUGGUGGCUUGUUUUUUUGUGAUUGUUUUGUAACCACGGUAUUCCUCCGCCAAAUGUGAGGGCUCUCAAUAAUGUUGAGAGGGGGUCAGUCUCUGACUAAGGCCUCUGUCUCUUUUUCAAAAAUAAAAAAGAAUAGAACUCUACGUAAACUACUUCAAAGAUACUCCUGCUUCUUUCUAACCAAAGUUAUUUUCUUCUGCUUUUACUUGGUAUUCCUCAACUUCUAACGACUUAAGAGAAAAAUCAAAUCAAUGUAUCUGUGCUUUUCUUUGUUUUUCUUUUCUGCUCUCUGCUAUUUUCAGUUUGGCUUUAAUUGAUUAUGUUUGUUCGAUACACAAUUAGUGAUUCCUUAAAUUUCUUAUCAGCGGAAGCAAUUUCAUUGGGUACUUCAACUUUAUGGGUGACACAUGGUAAAACAUUUGAGACAUGGAUUUGUCCACUUGCCCAUUUGCUUUGUGGCUAUUGCACAGAUGUAAUUCUAAGAUUAUGCCAGGAGAUUGUGUUUUUGAAAGUUGAAGUUGCAGAGCUUCUAUUACCAAGUAUUUUUGUAAAUCUAGCCAGGAGGAGAGACUUAGAUAUUGAUAUUCAACAAUUGAUAUCCUUGCAGGUGUUUUGGCUUUCUAUUGAUUAUCUUGCAGUUGCAAAGUCUGUAGUUGUGAGUUUCGAUGCUUUCAUACUCUUCUUAAAUUUUUCUUCCUUCACUCAUAUCAAUGAACCUAACAGCUUAUAUGGGAUCAUUCUAUCCAAUAAGUAUGAGGCUGCUUGGCAUGCUGGAAACUGGAAUUUAUCCUUGCCAUUUCAAUGA